AAGGCGAUUGAAGCACGUGGCGCGGGUGGCGGCGGCGGACGUGGCGGAGGUGGUGAGGGAGGAGGCGGGGCGGCUGGGCGGGCAGGUGGAGGCGGUGCAGGCGCUGCAGCGGGCCAGCGCCGAGGCGCAGGGGGACAGGGGGGCGGCGCUGGAGGGGCGGGCGAGGGAGGCGGAGGAGAGGGCGGCGCAGCUGAACGACACGGUGGGGCGGCUGACGGCCCAGCUGCGGCAGCAGGCCGACACCAUCGCUGCACUCAAGGCAGCGGAGCAGGCAUCAGCAGCGGCAGCAGGGAAGGGCGGGCGGCCGUUGGCGCGCACCGUGGUGGACGAGGACCACCCGUCGCGCUGGCGCCAGCAAUCCUUCCACCGCGCCGGCGCCUACGGCUUCAUCCAGUACAGCGCAUACCGCCUGUCAGCGUCGCGCAUGGCGGUGGUAGGGCUGGGCGCUCUGGGGCUGCGGGCGAAGCGGCGCGUGGAGGGGUGCUGGUGGCACCGCCUGGACGGGCGCACCGUGAUCGCAGGGAAGCUGACGCAAAUGGUGAUGGAGGAACACCACAACUACCUGUACGAGCUGGUGGUGCUGCAGUGCGAGCUGGAAGAGGAGGUGGAGGAGACGGGCGGGCACCUGAGGAUCUUCCUCGACCGCCAAGUGCUGUACCCCUACAGGGAGGACGGCAAAGAGAAGGUGGAGCGUGGCGACGGCCCCUUGCCGUUCCGCUUUGCGUUCUGCGGGCCGCCCAUGCACGCGGAGAUGGAGCAGCGCAGCGUGCUGCAGUUCGUCGACUACCACCGCCUCGCCGCCGGCUACGACCACUUUGUUCUCUACGACGCCACCGGCGUGCCGCCCGCCCUCACAGCAGCGCUGCAGCCGCUGCUGGACGCAGGGCUACUCACCGUGGCGGACUUCCGAGAGGCAUACCAGUACGACUCGUGGUACUUCGCCCAGGCGGUGGCGAUGCACGACUGUCUGUACCGCAUGCGGCAGCAGGCGGACUGGGUGGCCUUCCACGACCUCGACGAGUACCUGGCCGUGCCGCCGCCAGCGUCCGUGCCGGCGCUGCUGGAGCGCUUUGCAUCGCUGCCAUACAUCACGCUGGGCAUGCACGUCUUCAGCGCACACCUGUGCGAGGAGGGGCCCGAGGACGUGUGGGGCGCGGAGGAGAAGCGCUUUGCGGUGGAGCGCAUGGUGCAGCGGCGCAAGCAGCCGUACUGCCUCAGGGGCGAGGACGACCCCAAGGUGUGCGUCGACUACUACGGCCACCGCAAGAUGUUCCUCAACCCGCGCAAGGUGGAGGCGGUGUACGUGCACCGCACGGACAAGCCAGCCACGGGCGGCGUGGACCUGAGUGUGGACGAGAUGUACUUCGCCCACGUGCGCUCGCUCACCGGCAAGGGCGCUGCGUGCCGCCCGCCCGUAGACAAGGAGAACGAGGCGAGCCCGGAGGAGCUGGAGCGAUGCACCACCGUGGCCGACACCGCUGCGCGCGCCAGGGAGUGCGCACAGGAGGGCUUUUCCAACCAGUUCCUCUGCAAGCCCAGAGCCACGCGCUAGCUGCCACCCCACGCGGCCGCGGCGAACUCUGCACCCAUGACAGUAUGACAGCUGGAGGGGGUAGAGGAUGUUUCUCUGGGUUGAAGAAUGCUGCCUGCCAUGCACCUCUCUUGCAGCCUCCAUGCCCAGUCACCCACAUGGCAUGGCACCACUUAACUGCUGAACCUCCUGCAAUAGUGCCUGUAGCCUAAACCCUCGCACGCCCGAGGGUUUGCAUCCCUGAAAACCCGCUUGACCCUUCCCCCUCUAUUCCAGUGGACAACGCCCUCUACUGUUUGCCGAUGGCGUUUGACGAGCAUACGGAGGACGUGAAUGCUUCCGCGCUUCCUCCUCUCAGACGAUAUUGUCACGCUGUCUACUCGACUGUGCUUAACUUAUCUAUUUACCAGAAUGGCGUGUAACAAGUGCAAGAACAGUGUCGUCACCUGCCAUUCUUGCAUUGUACAGAGCGUAGAAUUCUAGGUGUUGAUGGCGGUAAAUCGAUGUCACAUAACGUUCAGGUACUUGAUAUACCCGCUUAGGUUGCUAAUGAAAUGUAUGUUACUUC